UCAUGGCCCCUUCAAGCUAUUCCAAAUCUCCUUGUGCUGCCUGCAAAUUUUUGAGAAGGAAAUGCAUGCCAGAUUGCAUUUUUGCUCCAUAUUUCCCACAAGAAGAGCCUCAAAAGUUUGCAAAUGUUCACAAGAUAUUUGGUGCAAGCAAUGUGACUAAACUCCUGAAUGAAGUCCAACCAAAUCUAAGGCAGGAUGCUAUGAACUCUCUGGCUUAUGAAGCUGAAGCAAGGAUUAAAGAUCCUGUCUAUGGUUGUCUUGGGGUCAUUCCAGUGCUCCAAAGGAAAAUCAUUAUGCUCCAAAAGGAACUUGAUUUCAUAAAUGCUGAACUCAUCCGCAAUACCAGCAAUGGAAUGCCAACUCAAGCUGGGAGAAGGAUUAAUGAAGGAGCUUCCUCUCUUGGUUUUCAUCAUUCUUCUAUUUAG